GAUUAGGAGGUAUUUUCAUCUACUAUUAAGCCGUUUUAGAGAGGUCUUAGAAGUCUAAUAUAUCAUUCCAAAUAUUUUAUGGUGUUUCUGUUCAUCCAAAAUCAGGAUUAACUUAUAUAUUACCUACCUUCUUAAAGAUAUAUAAACCGUGUGCAGGCAUUUUAUUUUAACUGAGAAUAUGUCUUGUUUUAGGCCUGAAACAAAGGGAACCGCAGAAAAACAAACUAAUACCAAACACUCAAAGUGGAGGAACGGGAUUCUAAAAAUGUAUGCCGAUUUAGAAACAAUUGCAAACGAAGAAGAAAACACCGAGAAAGAUUAUUUCGAAAGUAUUCAACGUGACUUUAAAGAUUUCUUCAAACCUGGAAAAGGCAUGGAAGAGCCUAAGAUAAAAGAGAAGUUUGGGCUUUUGUUUGAGAAUGAAAUACUUUACGGUACGAUUCUGAACAAGCAUAGAUUAGGAUCUCUGCUGCACAAACAAGAGUCAAGUUAUAUAAAUGGCGAUUCCUUGCUUAUACGGGCUUUGUCAAUACAUGUGGACAAAGAAAGCGAUCGAGGGAAGUUAUUGGACAAGUUAAUUCUAGACAAGAUAAGCAGCUUCCCUGAACUGAUUGCGUUCCAAAACAAAGUAAACAAGUGGUGACCACAAAGGAAUGACACCAAUCCAUCUAGCUAUCCUAAAAGAAGACAUCCUACUUCUGAAACAAAUGGCAAAAUAUAUUGAAACUGCGGGUGACAACAGAGUUCCGAAGGAGAAAGUACAUGGGCUGUGCGCUUCUGGGCCUGUAUUUCAGAAUACAGUUAUGAUGGCCGGGACGCCUCUAGGAGUAGCAGCACUAAAGUUGAAUAAAGACAUAUUUGACGUUGUUUUAUAUAAAUUUGCACCAGGGCUUGAUGUUACCAAUGCAAAAGGCGACAACUUAGUGCAUUUAUUGAUUAAAUAUGCGCACAUUCACCCGAAACAGCUAAACAAAGUUCUUGAAAUGUUGAGAUACAUUUUGGACUGGAAAAUACAAACAAACAGUGAAGAAGAAGUAGCACGGAAACUAAAAACCAAGAAACAAACAAGGAAACUACUCAUGAUGACAAAUAAAGAGAAGCUAAAUCCAUUACAUUUCGCUGUGAAAAGACGACAGUAUGACAUCUUCGAAUAUAUUAUGAAAAAUGAUGUUUACCACUCAAAAGAGUCGAGCGAUGGUCUAUUUAAUGAAGAAGUAUAUGACAUUACUGAUAUAGAAACACUUCGCCUUGACAAUGACAUUUCCGGCACUGAUGAAGAAAUUAUCAAAUCAGACUACCACGAAUCGGUCUUAGAGUACCUUGUCCAUCAGGAAACUGAAAACGCCUUCUUGUUCGCAGAUUUCAUGCGAGUGAAAGAAGUCAUCAGAGAAAAAUGGAUGAUCUACAGGUGGUGGUUCAUGGGAUGGUUCAUCAUUCAUUUGAUUUGUAUGGUCCUUUUGUCCGUUGCUGCUGUCUUCAGGUCAAAACUUAAGGAAAUAGAAAAAAGUGGAAACUUCACAGAGUCAAUUUCCGUCAACAGCGAGGCCAUCUACACAUAUGCUGUUACCAAAAAUGCAUUUGUUACAGGUGUUUCUGUUACCGGUCUAGUAUUUGGAUUGUUGUACAUAGCUAUGGAAAUGACGCGAAAAUUUCUUUUUCGAUUUCAGUUUCAAUCGUCCUCAAAUUGUUUGACACGGAUAACUCGCCAUUUAAGUUCGCCUUAUUCGAAUCUAAUAUUCAGGAUAUACUUCAUUCUUUUUUCUCUUUUACUAAUAUCGGACUGUAUUCUCGCAGCAAUACAUGGUUCCGAUUUCAUUUCUGGAUAUGAAAAUUACUGCCUGAUAUUUGCUAUAAUCAUUGGUUGGUAUCUCGUAAUGUUCUUUUUACAGACCAUCAAACCUUUCAGCUUCUUUACCGUUCUUAUUCAAAGGGUGGUUUUGGAUAUGAUGAAAUUUGCCUUCGUUAUGACAUUCUUUCUUCUUGCUUUCUCUAUAGCAAUGUUCAUGAUAAUGCAAGGUGCUAACACAGACGACGAUGAUUUCAAAUACUUCGGGAAGACAAUAGUAAAAAUGCUUACUAUUAUGCUCGGGAUUGGGGAAUUAGGAAUAUUGUUUCAAGCCCGUCAUCCAGUUCUAGCAAUUCUGGUGUUUGUGCUCUUUGUGUUGCUGACUACCAUUCUACUUCUGAAUGCACGAUGAUGUCCAAUUCUUGUACAGAUCUUAUGAAUAAUUAUGGUGGAAACGCUGCCGCUGAGUUACACUGUCGUCUGCAGAAGCUAUCAGUGAUUUUGUUCCUCGAAGGAUUCUUACCUCGGAUUUUCUGUAAGGAGGUCGGUGUAAAGAAAAGGAAUCUGAGAUAUGAUAAUAAUGAAUGGGUUAGAGAUAAACAAAGGCGUAUUUGGACAAAGAGUUCUGUUCAGGAGCAAAGUGGAAAAAACUCAGAAAAUAUUUAUAAUAUAUUACAACAUUCGCUUAAAGAAUUGUUAGUUCGCUCUAGAGUAGAGGAUUUAGAACCUGAAACGACGCAAAAAGUAACACAGAAUAAUAAAGUUUAUCCCGCAUCAAACGAAUACGAGCCUGACAAACAGACAGAUGUCAUUGCGAUGGAAACAGAUCAUGGUGACCAGUAUAAACAUCGUUACGAGGAAGCCAUAGCUUCGGAAGUGCAAGAAGUAAAGGAUGACUCCGCAGACACUCAGUGAAAUUGCCAUUCAUAACAUUGACUGUCAUACUACAGUUUAAAAAUGAACAUUCAGAGCACUGCUUUAGAGUUGCAGAUCAAAAGAAAAUAUAGAAAUAUUAGACAAAUUGGCCUGUCAAAUUAUUAUUACUUUCUACAUGAUUAUAAAAACUUAUUUUACUCUUAAAAACAUCAACAAACUAUUGCUACGAAUAAUUUUGAACAUAAUUGCAAUAAUAAGACUGUAAAAUAAUUUGACAUAAUGAAUCAUAUAGUCUAAGUUAGUGAUUGCAAAGAAUACAUGUUGCAUUUUCAGCACAAGUGCACAUUAUCAUAUGAAAUGGAUUGUUAUUGUUUCAACUGGCGGAGAUAACUUUUAUUUACACUGUCCUGUGACUUUGGAACAUGGUGUGGGUAAGAGUGAGGUUAGGUGCACCAUAAACCGGUUAGGCUCCCCAGUGGUGGUUUUGCCACUGACCGGUCCAAGGCGGUGCCCCAUUGUGUUCCUUUAUUUGUUUUUGUUCUUGUUUGUUGACGGUGUGUGUAUGCGUGUGUGUGCUGGUCGUGUGCGCGUACGCGUGCUGCAUGUACAUUUGGGGAGGCUGCAUUUUUAUAACGUGGUUUUCCCUCCUGUUGGAUAUUCAUCCUUGUUAUUAGUGCAACUGAUUUUCAUGUUGAAAAUUUAGAAUAUAAUGAUUUCUGAACAGGAAAGUUGGAGAAAGAAACCUUUUUUUCAAAUAUUUUUAAGUUUAUAGAGUUGGUAUUUAAUGGUUCGUUUAAGACGCAUGUUUAAAAGUUUAUAUAUUUGAUAAUGUGCGAUAUACAUAUUUGUGAUGCAAAAAUAUGAAUAAACAGAA